AUGGAGUCGAGCUCCACGGCAGCCGCCGGCCCGGCUGCGAUGGCUAGCAAGCCAAAGCCCAAGGACUUUAGCCACUACUACUCCGUCACCACGGCGCAUCGCACGCCCAGUGCUAUGAAGGCUUACUACAAGUUCUUCCAGAUCCCCGGCGUUGGAAACCUGGCCGGUGGCCUCCCGAACCUGCGAUUCUUCCCCUACGACACCCUCGAGGCACAAACCGCCAAGCCAGAGCGAUGGACGCCCUCGCCCAACAAGCCCAACGCCGCCGCCGCCGACCUCACCGAGUCCACCGCCUCGCUGAAGAUUAACGGCAGUUCCGGCGGAUCCGACCCGGCGGCGGCGUCGCACAUCACCGUCCCCAAGGCGCUGUCCCCCGACACGGACCCGCGCAAGAAGAUCGACCUCGCGACGGCGCUGCAGUACGGCCAGGCCCAGGGGUACCCGCCCCUGUACUCGUUCCUGCGGCAGUUCGCCCGCGAACACCUGCACCCCAACGUCCCCUACGAGGGCGGCGUCGACGUCGUCCUGACCGUCGGCUCCACGGACGGCAUGUCCAAGACGCUGGAGCUGUUCGUCGACCCCUGGAGCCCCGAGACGGGCGACGUCCGCGACAGGCCCGGCCUGCUGUGCGAGACCUUCGUCUACGGGAACGUGCUGAGCCAGUCGCAGCCCAAGGGCGUCCAGAUCGUGCCUGUCAAGGCCGACGAGGGCGGUAUGGUGGCCACGGGACCGGGGAGUCUGGAUGAUGUGCUCACAAACUGGGACUACGCCAAGGGCCGCAGGCCGCAUCUGCUGUACACCGUGACAAUGGGCCACAACCCCACCGGUAUCCUCCUCUCCCUCGAGCGCCGCAAGGAGCUCUACGCCAUCGCCUCCAAGUUCGACGUCCUCAUCAUCGAGGACGACCCCUACUGGUACCUCCAGUUCCCCUCCGCCGCCGUCGAGGAGGGCAAGUCCCGCAACAAGCCACCCGUCGCCGACGCCCUCUCCACCCCCUACAAGCCCGAGAAGUCCACAGGCUACCCCUUCCUCGACUCCCUCGUCCCCUCCUUCCUCGCAGUCGACACGGACGGCCGCGUCAUCCGCCUCGACACCUUCUCCAAGACGGUCGCGCCGGGCUGCCGGCUGGGCUUCGUGACCGCGCAGCCGGACCUGAUCGAGCGCUUCGUGCGCGUGACCGAGUCCUCGACGCAGCAGCCCUCGGGGUUCGUGCAGAGCAUGAUCGCGGAGCUCAUAAUCGGCACGCAGCCGCCCGAGGUCGAGCGCUCGUGGCUCUCCCUGCGCAAGCCCUCCGAGCGCGCCACCUUCAGCGGCUGGAACACGGACGGCUGGGUGCGGUGGAUCGAGGGCCUGCGGGGCGAGUACGAGCGCCGCAUGAACCGCAUGUGCCGGAUCCUGGACGAGGGCUCCGCGUACGUGAAACAGGGCACGCCGCGGUCCGCUGCCGACGCGGACGUCUGCGUCCUCACCAAGACGCAGCUGUACGACUUUGCCUGGCCGCGCGGCGGCAUGUUCGUCUGGAUCCGCGUCUACUUCGAGCAGCACCCGCUGUUCGGGGCCGCCAGCUCCGACGGCAAGGACAUCGUCGACGGCACCGCGCUGGCCACGGGCCUGCUCAUCCACCUGACCAAGAAGCCGUACAAGGUCAUCGUCAGCCCAGGCAUGAUGUUCUCGGCCACCGAGGAGAUCCGAAGGAAUGUCGGCUGGCAGCACUUCCGGCUGUGCUUCGCCGCCGAGACGGAGGAGAACGUCGACCUGUGCUCGGAGCGGUUCGUCAAGGGCGUGAGGAAGUACUGGCAAAUCAAGAAGGUCAAGGAGCUGGAGGAUCUCAUCAAGGAGUCGCCCGUGGCCGCACACGAUGCCGAUGGCGAGGACGAGGAGGAAUUUGGGAAUUUGGGGCCAUACCUUGGGUGUUAG